AUGAACACUAACACCGAUACUUCGGAAGAUCUGACUGGUGCUGCUACGUCGAUCCAUGCUUCACAGCAUGGCAGGCGACAUGUGCCUUUUGAUUCGAUCAAGAAUGAAAUUGAAGUUGUUGCUGCUCCUGCGCCUAGAACAAGAACUGGCGGAACUUCGCGCAAGUCAGCGCGCGUACCAGCUGCAGACGUGCAACAACCUGUGACAUCCAUGCAGCAGCCAGCUACAAUCGUGCAGCAACCUGCACCAAUUUGCAGUGGGUUGGAGUUCAAUACACCCCCGACGUUCACCGGAAACCGAGACAACGAUGCGGUCAAAACGUGGACGUUGGCGAUCCGGGACAUCGUGUCCUUUCACGAGGUCCGCAAUGAAUUCCAAAGCGAAUACGAAAAAAUCCUAUACGCCGCGUUGUUCCUGGGAGGAGACGCAAAAGAAACCUGGAAUCUCGAACGAAGACGUCUGGAGCAGAGCUAUGCAGAAGGUGAUACUGUGAGACAGAUCACUAUGUUCCAACAGCUCAGUUUCCAAGACUUUUUGGGCUGGAUGGAGGAGAAGUAUCGAGAUUUUAAUUCGCAACAGCACCACAGGCAUGCGUACAAGAAGUGCGUUCAAGGCUCACGUACUGUGAACGCAUACGCAACGGAAUUGGAUCGGUUGGCGUCAAGGAUUCGACCCCCCUAUCCGGACCACGUCGUUUUGGACCACUUCAAAGAUGGGCUCAGUCACAAGGUACGGAUGGCUUUGGCCAUGGCCAUAGACCAGCCCGAUGACUUUACCGGCUAUGUGGUAAUGGCUACCAGAAUUGAUCAACAAAUCAGAGCGGCUGAAGCUCACCAGAAAAACAAAGACAAAUGGCCUCGAAGCUCGACUCGAAACUCAAGUGGCAGUUCAAGCAAUCGAAAAAUGCAAAAAUCCAAGACGAAUCCAAAUCCAGAAAUCGAGGCAUGGAACAGAGAAUGCCGAGAACGCAAUGGUUGCUUUAGGUGUGGCAGGACCGGCCACGCUGCCAAUCAAUGCAAACAUGACGACAGGCGACCAUGGAAGUUCAACCACUAA